CAUCCUACGGUGUGUUGAGAGUUGAGAUUCCGGUUCAUUUCGGUCGAUAUCUUGUUGUGGUGAACAUCAUUGUAAAUGGAGUGCAGUGCUGUGAGCAGUUUAAUCAUUUAAAUGACUAGAAUUUGCCAUAUUCGCCAUAAUGACGACCUAUGCCGAAAUGAUGCAAAUGUGCCGGCUAUGUUUAGUCAAAGAGCAAGUGAAUUUACCCAUUUUCGAUGGACAGGGCGAAGUACAACAAAUAUUUCUCAAAAUAACGGCGUGCCUGCCGGUUAAGGUAUCGCGAGAAGACAAUUUACCGAAGAAUAUUUGCGAUGGGUGCUCAUAUAAAUUAGACCUUCUCUAUCAAUUCUGGAACACAUCCUCUAACUCAGAGAAGCAACUUAUUGAUUGGCUCACAGCUGCUGGAGUUGAACCCAAACAGAAAUCAAAUGAACCAAUCGGUCUAGCAACUCAACCCAAUGUCAUUCUCAAACAAGAGCCGGUGACUGAUCUCGAUGCAAGAUCUUCAGAUGCAAUAGAUGCAAUAUCAUCAGACACACAAAACUACAUCAUUCAGCAGCAGCAAUUAGCUUACAAACCUGAGGAAUACGAUGAAUCACAACAGAACCUUUCAAAUAGUACAAAGAAAAAGGCUGCAGCUGAUCCUAACGAUGAGUCUGUCUCGAAAAGACCUCGACGUUCAAGUAGUUACGUAAGCACAGUAAAAGACUAUGAGGAUGACUCUGACGAAGAUUAUGUUGACAACACAGACGCGGGCAUUGCAAAGACUGAAGAUGAGAGUGAAGAGGAUGACGAUGAUGAGGAUGAAGACUUGGAAGAUGAAGGUGAUGAUAUGGCCGACCCUGACUUUGUUGCUAAAGAAGAAGAGGAGGACUCACAACAACCUGGACCUUCGGGGACCAAAACGACGUCUGGACCGUCUACAAUACCGGACAAUUUAGCAAGCUAUAAAAAACAGUAUGGGCUGAAAGAUUGUAUUGUUUUUCUUGGAGAGACUUGUGAUUUCGAUAUCAAGCGAUAUCGAUUUAUGAAAACGCAGGCAUACUGUGACGUUGAUCAAACCAACAUUAUACCUACAUCACGCUUAAAAUAUAAAUGCGAGUAUUGUACUGCUAAGUUUCGGGAUCGUUUUAAAAUGGAAUUACAUAUGGAGGAAAUGCACGCGGAUGAUGGUGCGUCGUCUGUUAAUUCUGUGUCAAGUGAGGAAGUCAAUGAACCUGAAAAGGAUGAUGCAGACGGUGAUUUUGACGUAGAGAAGGAAGAAUCUAAAGGAACAGUCGGUAUAAAAGUUGAACUCAAACAGAGCGUAAAUAAUGAUCAGUGUAACGCACUUGCUCUAGAAAAGAUCAUGAAAGCCAUGAAAUGUUCAAAAUGUUUAAAGGUAUUUAAAACCAAACGAGAACUGGCCACACAUUUUAAAAACGUGCAUAAUGUGAUAGCAUGUAUGCUGUGUACGCAGUUAUUUUAUUCGAAAGCCAAUUUUGACGCGCAUACUCAGCGUGUGCAUUAUAAUGCUUUAGGCAAGUGGAGGUGUAACCCUUGCGGUAUAUCGUUUAACGAGUAUUAUCAUUUAAUAGAACAUAAUUUUGCGAAACAUAAGCCCACUUGUCAAUUGUGCAAAAAAGACUUUCCCGAUUUACAAUCACUCAUUCAACACAAAGUUCUGCGACAUAGUCUUCCCGAGAAUAUUAUCUGCAAAGAAUGUGGGAUGACGGCAAACGACCCUAAAAGUCUUCGGGAGCAUAUGCUUUUACAUGUUUGUUUUAAUUGUGAGCUGUGCGAUGAGUCGUUAACAUCCGAAAAGUUAUACAUUGACCAUGUAAAAACAAAACAUGUUGGUAAAGAACCGAGCCCCCGAGUAUUAAACAAUUCUAAAAAAUAUCCAAGCAUCAAAAUGAAAUUUACGAAAAACCAAACAAAUACGGACAGUGGACAAAAUAAAGUGUGCUCUUACGUUGUGUCCCAGCCCAGUACGUCUGGAACUGCGAUUACUCCAGGAACUUCAAUGCCAACUGCAACAUCUGGUACUACAAACUCUUUCAAAGUACCUAUUCCAAAAUUAAAUUCGUUGAAACCUACGUUAUUGAAAACUGUUGUAAAUUCUCAAAUAGUACCAACGUCUUUGCCCCAGCCUAUAGUUGGAAACAAAGAUCAAACCAAAAUAUUGGUUGUAGAUAAAAAUACUAAUAAAGCAUACCUUAUUCCGGCUUAUAUGCUGCAACAAAAUGGCCAAAUGAGAUUGCCAGUUCCAGAGAGGACUAUUGGCGAGCCAUUGCUAUUAAACGAUUCAGCUUUAUCUCCCACGGCAGUAGUUAGCAAUAUUAUUCAACCAACAAUUGGCAGCGUGAUGCAACCUAUGAUACCAAAUAUAAUUCAACCUACUGUCAAUAAUAUUGUUCAACCAACGAUAAUGACUGUGGUUCAACCAACUAAUACCAUGGUCCAGCAAUCAAUGGCUCCAACAUUUGUCAUGUCUUCGAUGCAUCAUACCACCAACACCUUACAAAAUAGUGUAACUGUGAACAUUUCUAACGCUAUGCCAAAUAAAACUAUACCGUCUUCGACACCAGUAUCAAAUGCAGGUGCGACCAUUCCAAAGAAAAUUAUCAUCCCGCGUUUACCUAAAGGGGUUGUAAAGCAAUAUCGCUCUAAAAUAAAGCAACGAGUGACAGCAAAUAUUACGACUCGACCGACCUCAAUUCAAUCAACUAUUAGUGCUUUACCGAGCAGUUUUGUUUUAUCAGACGCUCGAACUGAGGCGUCAAAGAACGAUGGUGAUAGUGAAAUGCCUCGACUAGAAAUGCAACCGCUUCAAAAGGCUCCCAUUCUUGCAGCUGCAUUAGAAAAUGGCAAAUCAACAAAUUCAGGAGCACAUGCUACAAGCGACACACCUCCAAUAUUAAUGCCAGAAGUAGAAGAUCCUGCGGCACCUAGACCCAAAAUUUUUCUGAAGCCGUUAAGUCAACUUUUAGAAAAACCUAAAACAAAAGUUAACUUAACCGUCAAACCGAGCACGUCACAAAACGUGCUGACUAGAAUUACACCUGAUAAGGUUCCAGAACAUAUUAGAAAAGUGAGCCAACAGAUUAAAACAACAAAUGAAAACUCUUCAAUAUCAUCUGCAACUGCGCUGACCAAGGAAAGUGUAGUUGAGAACAAAAAUAAACAAUUUCAUAAAUGCAAUAUUUGUUCGGCCGUUUUUAAUAGACUUGCGCAAUUACAAAACCAUAAAACUAAAAUGAAAUGCAAACUAUGCAGUUAUACUGUAUGCAAGUUAAAAGAACUUGAUAUUCACUAUAGAGUUGUUCAUGAUUAUCAAAAUCAAUGUGUUACCUGUGACCUCAGGUUUUCUACAUCUGAAAACUUAAAAGAUCAUAAUAGGAACGUUCAUUUCUGCGCGAAAUGUCACAAAUUAUAUCCUUCACUAGAGAAACAUUUUUCAUCGAAUGUUUGUAAAAAAUGUGAUCAGUUUUUAUGUUCUGCUAAAGAUCUGACAGAUCAUUAUAACAAUGUACAUAACAUAAAUCAUUAUUGUCCACCAUGUAAAACUAUUUUUAGCAACGACCAGUCUUUAAAGGAACAUAAAAAGCAAGUCCAUUUUUGUGACAAAUGUCAGUCGUAUAAAAUGGACCUAAGUAGGCAUCACAAGUUUUGUAAAGGCGACCAUAAUUAUUCUGAAGAUACUACUUAAUUCUUUCGAGCAUUGCGAUGCUAUUUAUUGUUGCGAAUUAUUUAAUGUUUUGCAUUGAUUGUAAAAAUUGUUUCAUGAGGUUAAUUACAAUAGAAAAUUCCGAAAAUAAA